UAAGCACUUGUAAAAAUAUUUCUCCACCUUUCCAUGUUGCGCUCUCUUUUGUCAUUGUGCUUGCUGCGUAAUUAGCAUUGUUGUGUGACAGAUCCCAGAGCAAACACUUCCAAGAGAAACCGGUACAAGUGUACACAAAUACACGGCACAGAGAACGUCUUCUCCAAUUCAGCUUGUUACAAAUAUAGGGAAAAUUCACUGUGUUUGACAUAUCUAUCUUAAAGAUGGGAACUAAAGUGACGUUCCAUCCGAUUCCAGAUAUUCACAUUUUUGAUGUCCCAUAUAAAUGGCAGUUAAACCGUUCCCAAACAGUUCCAGCAAUGGUCACGUCCUCAUCAAUAAAACUAGCAGAUCCAAUCAGCAUUAGUGUUGACGAUAUCUACAAUAUUGCAGAGCGGGAGAGGUUGUGCUACUCCGCCCGAGGCAGGCGACAUGCUGUCGCUCGUGCACAGAGACAGACCUACAAGAUGGAUGAAGUUUACAAGUCAAGGCCGCACACAAGCGCUAGUGGCUACAUCGAUAGUUAUCGGCGAGAGAUGGUGACGCCCACAAAAAGUAUUCGCAGUGAGCCUGUUCCUUCUCGGGUUUCCUCACGGGCGGGAGGAGACUUAGAUGAAGAAUACGAGGCGGACGAGUAUCCCAUUAACUAUAUUAAUACUCCGUCUGUCUGUUGUGAAGUUAUUGGUCCCCAGGCUUGUGAAGAAUGUAUACAGGCUCAUAGGAGACGAAUAGAAAGAGAAAAAUUUGACGCUCGUUUCCCCAGUUUAAGAAUGUCAAGCCAAAAUAUCACGACCUCAGCACUAUUGAAGCGGUAUUUUCCAGAUCUAACACAUGAAGAUAUACUUAUUAAGUUGGCAAGAGGGGAAAUAGCGAAACCUAAUAUACUUUCUCGACCAGUGUGUCGAAGUCGAACUGAUAAACGGUCACGUGAUAGAGACGCAAUAUUCCCUUCGCAUGCACGUGAGUCUAUAGGGAUCGCUCGAAACAAACAGUCUAAUAUACAGACAAAAAUCAAAUCGAUGUUUUUUGUAAACAUUGAAGAUUUAAACAUGAAAAUAAAUUCUGGAAAAGUAUCCAGGUCACUGGGAUUCAACCAUCAACCUUCGAAAAAGAAAACUGCUUCAACUGAGUUCCAAACAGUUUUCCCGUCAUUUGUAAGCCCAAGGAAGGUCAGUUUUAUAUCGGAAGCAAGUGGCAGAAAAUUUCAUUACGAACCGCCACUUCUACCUAAGGAAAAUCAAGUUCAAGAACCCGGUUUUUUCGCAGGGUCAGACGCCACCUACGAGUUACCAGAGCGACUUCCUGACACUAUCGAAUUUGUUAAGGAAGGUAAUACGAUAGACGAAUCUGCACUGGGAGGUGAACACAGCGAUACGGAUGAUGAUAUUUCAUUGGACAGGUUGGAGGAAAAUAAGAGUUAACAAUUUUUGUUCAGGAUUACCCAUGAAAUAUCAUUUACUGCUGAUAUUUUACAUAUAACGAGACUUACAUAUGUAUUUCCGCUUAUCAAAGGUUGUGUGAUUGUAUUUCUUGUUCACACAAUGAUUAAAUGAAGAUCACACGCUUUAUUGUACAUGUAUAUUAAAUCAGAAUUGUCUGAA